AAGAUUACUAUCCAAACAAGUCACCAUCGCAGACAUUGGCUGCGGCUUCGGCGGCCUCAGUUUCGCCCUCGCACGCAAAUUUCCCGACCAACUCAUCCUCGGCAUGGAAAUUCGCACCUCCGUGACCGAAUUCGUGCAAGACAAAGCGCGCGCCCUGCGCGCACAACAUGCCGCUGCUGUUGCGAGUGAAGAAGGCGGAAGCGAAGGAGCAGGAAAAGCAGACUAUCAAAACGUCUCCUGCGUACGCGCCAACACGAUGAAAUUCCUCCCCAAUUUUUUCCGCCAACAGCAGCUCGACAAGAUUUUCCUGUGCUUUCCCGAUCCGCAUUUCAAGCAGCGCAAGCACAAAGCGCGCAUUGUGAGCGCGACGCUGAAUUCCGAGUACGCCUUUGUCAUGAAACCGGGGGGCAAAGUCUACACCAUUACGGAUGUCGAGGAUUUGCACUGCUGGAUGGUGGAGCAUUUGCAGGGCCAUCCCAGUUUUGAGCGUGUCGACGACGACGAGGUCGAGGGAGACGAAUGCGUCGCCAUUAUGCGUGUAGAGACGGAAGAAGGCAAAAAAGUCGAGCGCAACAAUGGCAAAAAGUACGUGGCAGUAUUUCGAAGACUGGAGCAUCCUCUCUGGACAUAGUUCUGGUGAGACAAUAUAAAAAGAAUAUAGGGCCCAAUCACAAUUGGCGGAACAGAUAUCCUUUCCCUUCCCUUCCCUUCCUUUCCCUUCCUUCCCAUUCCGUUCCUCUUUCACAUAUUAUGGACAUUAAGAUUCGUAGUCUCUCUCUCUCUCUCUCUCUCUCUCUCUCUCUCUCU